GUUGCAUAGUGACCUCGUAGCACCUUUGUUUAACAUACAUAAAAUUCAGUGUCUUGGCGUAAAUCAGAAUUUGACACAGAGGGAAAAUAUUUUGCCUCCAGUAGCCGUUUCUUCAAUCGUGGAAAUGUUAAUCAAAAUUAAAAUGGUCGUUCUCAAGAAUUUGGCUCAAUGUUUUGCAAUCCUCUUUAGACUAUUUGCAUCAGAGCGGAGGUCUGGUCUGAAGAAUAUCAUCUGUCUAAUUUCACUUUGCCUUCUAAUAGGGCUGGGGGUCAGUGGUAUCCUCUAUAUAUCGUUGCGAGCAUUAUACUGUGGCCUUUCAGUGAGGCUGACAGUGUGUGGAAUCUUUGCUACCAUCAUUCCUGGAGCUUUGUUUCUCUCAAAGCACAUCAGAUGCUUUAUUCUGAUUGUCCUCAUCUCAUGUGGAACGCAACAAGGACGAAACGCUCUGAUCACAGCUGGUACUGGUGUGGUGCUCUUCAAAUGUGCCCAAAAUAGCUUUCAUAACUUAAAAGGGUUGAUAGAAAGCUUAGAAUGCAAUCUGGAAAACCUGCUACCAUCUAUUGAGAAUCUUCUGGCGAAGUACAUUAAUAUUCUACAGUGGAUUCACCGACAGAUCCAAAACUUACCACAAAAUGUAAUUGUCAAGUUUCCAGUUCAUUUUGAGAUAAAACACAGUAUAAGAGAUGGUGAGUUUAGACAAAACCUUAAUGAGACUAAAGUUAACUUGGAGGGCCUAGCCAACCACAUGAUUUCAACAUUAGACAUGUUUUCCCAAGUUUGUAAAGGAGCAGUGAUCAUUCUAGGCCUCUUGCUGGCCCUAAUAUUCACUGCGUUGUAUAUCAAGAGGUAUUUGUCCAACAUAAAGUUUGAAAAUAUUUACAUCACAAAUCAAUUCCUGCAGUUUAAUGAGCAACAGAAAGAACAGGGGAAGCCUCACUUGCUCCAACUAACCCAAAAAGAGAGGAAAUCUUUCAUUAAGAUCCCAGCAUUCUCUUUCUCAGAAAGAGAAAGGAAAGCCUUGGCAAGUUUCUGUGUUCCCAUCCUCAUCAAAGUGUGCUUUUGGACAACAGUCAUCAUGCUGGAUUACGGGCUAUUCUUGCUUAUUUCUUUAAUAAAACAUCACCUGGAUCAUCUGCCUCCAAUCAACAUUACCAUGGAUUUUCAAUUUGUUGAAGAAAUCACUUUUGUCAAAACUCCGUUGAAGAAGCACAAAUCCAGAGAAACAUUCUCAUAUGUAACUCAUUUGUCCAAAGCUGACUGCAUCCCCCAACCAACUUUGAUGAUAAGCAAGAUAUGGACCCCACUUAUUGCAAUAAUUGCUGCCUUACUGUUACUCACUUUAUUUUCUGCAAAAUUUACAAUAUUGAAAGUAUUGGUUUUGUCAUCAUUUUAUUCUGAGACAGAAAAAAGGCGAAUAGAGUUUCUACAUGAAAAAAUACUACGGAAACGAACCUGGGUCAAAUUAAUGGGAACAGAGGAAAUUCAAAACUUCACAGAUGAUAAAGUCUCAUUUUGGUUUCCAAUCCUCAGAAUGAAGCAAAGAAAGGGUGACUUACUGCAGAAAACAGAAUUUCAACACCAGAGCUCUCAUAAGUUAUGUGUCGAGCUUUGAAUAAAGGUGAAUUGGAAAUUAGGCAAUUGUACUGGGCUUAGCACUUUGUGUGAUUAUGUGACAGACCAUUAUAACUAGCGACAUGCAUUCUCUACAAUAAACAAUGUAAAUAUAAGUGUUCACAUUUUGCAACACAAAACUGCUUUCUAUAACUUGGGCUUAUUUGAAUUUGAUUCCAAAACUGUGUUUUGCUAUGGACAUUCAGUGAGUGGGAAAGUUAGAGUGAAACUUUUUGAUGUAACAUCAAUGAUAUAUUUCAAUGACAGCAGGUAUGAAUGACUGAUAUGAAUUUUAAAAUGGUUGACUGUGGGUAGCCCAGAUUUUACUGCUCCCAAGCUGCUCCCAAAAUUGCAAGCCUAUUUCUAUGUUUAAUUCUAGAUUUCUCACACUUACCACAUUUCAGUAGUGUAAGAUUUUUAUUUUGAUUCAUUUUUGGUUCUUUUAUAGUCAAAAACACAAAAAAGACACUUUCAAUUGUGUUAAUGGAAUUUUUGAUAAGGCUUUCCCAUAUUACUUGUGGAUUUCUUACAGUUAUUAAAUUUCAGUGGCAUAAUAUUAUUAUUUUGAUUCAUUUUUGGUUCUUUUAUUAGCCAAAAACAAAAAUCCCCAAAAGAAACGUGCAUGAUGUUUUGCAAACGUUGUGUGUUCAUGGACCUUUUGAAGUUACCUACAUGUGAACAGCUUUUUUUUCUCUAAAAUUAUACGCUUAGAAGGAGGUAUUUUUUCAACAUCAUUAAAGUUUUUUUUUAUGGAGCUUUUGGAGAGACUUACACAGUGGCGGAUCUGGAGUAAGACUUUUUUUAUAUCAGAAGAUUGCAAGCUGUCUGCUGGACAACUUGAGGAAGAAUUAUUUUUUAAUUUGUUUGUCAGCUAAUUGGUUGAUUCUAUUUAAGAUUUAUAUAUUUGAACAGAUACUCACUUUUGAGUAACGUUGAGAAAAAUAGCCUCUCAGAGGAAAAUUGAAGUCAGACCUUGGGCACUAAGAAUAAAUAUUAUGUUAGUUGGGGUUUGUCAAAAUUUAGAAGAAUAGUUAUUAUAUGUGUGGGAAUAUAAGAAAACAGUGCGAUUGAGCUAAUAUUGUAUGACAAUUAAAUUUAUUUCCGUUGCUAAUAGGCUUAAACAGAGUGUUGCACUGCUUAUCUAGUUGAGUUAAUAUUGUAUAAGUUAAAUUUGUUUCUGCUGUUAAUAGGGUUAUAGUUUACAGAUGAAAUGUCACGUUGUAAUUGGUUUAUUGUAUUGCAAGGACUUGAAAAAGAAAUGUAAUUAAAUAAAGCUAUCAGUGUCUGAAUGUUUAAAAAUGUAAGGCAAAAUUAGAAU